CUAAUCAGCCACUAAUAAAAAUAAUAAAAAAAAUUGUUAUGGUUCUUUUUACCAUAACAUUACACUAAAUAUUAAGUCCUUGAAUGUCAAGCCAAGGUCAAAGUUGCAGAAUUUUUCUUAGCUGCAUCCAAGGCGAAUAUAUCACCAAUGUUUCGGUCAACAUUGCAGUCACCAUCACUAGGGUAGAAUUACCAGCUGUAGCGGUGGGCGCUGUGCACGACGCCGUGGCGUCGCAUGUGCGUGAAGAGGGACUGGUACAGCUCGCACGUCCCCAGGGUGCGAGUGUCGGCCACCACGCACAAGAGGCGGCGGGCGCGGCUCACCGCCACGUUGAGGCGGCGCUUGUCCGCGGUGAAGCCCAGGUCCCCGUCCAGGUUGGAGCGCACCAUGGACAGCACGAUGGCCUCCUUCUCGCGGCCCUGGUAGCCGUCCACGGAGAGCACCUCCAGUCCCGGCACGUCGCUCAGCUCCUGCUUGAUGAGCUUCACCUGCCGUCCCACGCAGCACGUCUCCAUGGAGUUACACCUGUGCCUACUCCAGUCAGGCUGGUCCAUGGGGGAGCAUGGGGAGUGGUCCAAGUACAGCAACUUCGAGGUGGCUGUGCGGGUGCCGUUCAUCCUGUUCGUGCCAGGCGUGACCAGCCCCUCGCUGCUGCACACCCACCGGGGGCGGCCCUCAUCCAGCCCAGGACUCGCGGAGCUGGUCGAUGUGUUCCCGACGCUGGCCGACCUGGCGGGGGUCCCCCUGCCCCGGCUGUGCCCGGAGGAUUCGAGCGCCGUGCAGCUGUGCACGGAGGGCGUCAGCCUCAGGCCCCUCGUCGAGCAGGCUUUUGGUCGGGGAGGAAGACCUGAUCGCGGCUGGAAGGCCGGAGUGUUCAGCCAGUACCCUCGGCCGGGCACGUUCCCGACACGCCGCCCCAACAGCGACAAGCCGCGGCUGAAGGACAUAGCCGUGAUGGGCUACUCGCUGCGCACUCCCGACCACCGCUACACGGAGUGGGUGCAGUUUGCCGACGGCCGUGGCUCCUGGGACCACGUGCUGGCCCGGGAGCUCUACGACCACCGGCUGGAUCCCGGCGAGGACGUCAACUUGGUCGACCGACCGCAGCUCGGGCAGUUGGUCGACCGCCUGAGCAGCCAGUUGCAUGCUGGCUGGAGGUACAACUUGCCCCGACACAUGUAUCAGUGAGAUGUGGUAGGUGCAGGCUUUCUCACGGCCAUUGUCUGCAGUAGCCGUGUCCUUGGCAAAUAAUUCACCGACGUUUCGGUUGACAUUGCAGUCGCCAUCAUCAGGGAGCUGACUCUCUGAUGCUCCCAGCUCCCUGAUGAUGGUGACUGCAAUGUCGACAGAAACGUUGGUGAAUUAUUUGCCAAGGACACGGCUACAACCCAGAAGCCAAGCUACUUCAGGUGCAGGAAUGUUUGUAAACCUGCUUGCUUUAGCCCAAGAAUUGUUUUUAUUUUAUUUUGGGAAUUGUAAUUUAUGUGACUACUUACCUUAAAAUAAAUACAACCCUGGAAACCAGAAAUAACACCCCCUUCCCCCCUCCACACAUUCCUUCCUCAGAAAAAAACUAAUUUACGAGUAAGUUUGGCUUUAACUUUAUAACCAGGAUAUUACUAAGUGAUUUUUAAACUUUUAACUAUUUAAAUUACAUUUGGAUGGAUUAUUUUUAUUGUACCAUUUCCACCAAAUUAGAGACUGUGUGGAUAUCAUGUAAUUGUUUUUAGCAUGUAGGAAAGUUUGUCUUAUUGUUCUGUAUUUUAGAAAAAAUACUAUUUUGAUUGUUUUUAUAGUUUAUAAUAAAAUAGUCUGUGUUUAUUAAA